CAAUUAAUUCAACGUACUCAUCAAAACUCAAUCUCAAUAGUUUCCCGUGUGCUAUGAAAAUACUAUAAGUUUUAGAAACACGUGUUUCAUUUUGAUAAUCAUGAUGAUACUACGGGUUUUCUAUUGUUUCGGUCUCAUAACAAUUAUUGAUUGCGUUAUAGACAUGAAUGAGCAACAAUUUUCGUAUAUCGCUAACCAUUUAUCCAUUGAAGAAUGUAACAAACUCAUCGCAUCACUGCAGUUUGCGUCAUACGACUUGCCAGUAAAUUUCAAAGCUCAGAAGAAAAUUACUGAUAUUGUUUCAUGUGAAAAACUUUUGACUGAUUAUAGCAAAGGAAGGGAACCAUGGGAAGGUGAAAACAGAACUCAUGAAGUGAUAGCGCACAGGCUACGUCAAAUUGGCAAGGUCGAUAUAGCAGAUUGGCUAGGAAACGCCGUUUUCCAUCAUCUCGCAAAAGAUAUUAAUGAUUCGCUACUCCGGAAUCCAUUUGCGGACAGUCGUACUCAAAGUGCACUUAACACUAAAUUACAGCAAGAUAAAGAAACGCUCGUAGACGCGGAAUGGGAUCUCAUCGAUAUUACUUUAUGGAUAGUGUUGGCUAGUUUACUUGCAAGCCUGGUUUUCUCGUGUUGCCGUGUAUUAUGCCUAUCUUGUACGAGAAGUAACAGACAGUCGACAAAUGAGGAGAUGAAAGUGCUAUUAAAACAAGAACAUAGAAGCGAGAGUGACCACGACUUUUAAAUGUGUGAUUGCUAUUUAAACUGUGUUCUUGAGUCUUUAUGGGAACA